AUGGGUUGUGGAGCUUCCAAAGUAGACAAGGAGGGGCAGGCGCGCAACGAUGCCAUCGAGGCGCAGCUCAAAAAGGACCGCAUGGCGCAGAAGAACGAGAUCAAGAUGCUCCUUCUCGGUGCCGGCGAGUCGGGCAAGUCCACCAUCCUCAAACAGAUGAAGCUCAUCAACCACGGCUCCUACUCUUCAGACGAGCGCGAAUCCUACAAAGAGAUCAUCUUUUCCAACACAGUCCAGUCCAUGCGCGUCAUGCUCGACGCCAUGGAGCGUCUCGACAUUCCACUCGCAGACGCUUCCAACGCACCACGCGCAGAGAUCAUCCUCGGUCUCUCGCCCAGCAUCGAAUCCACCGUGCUGCCCAAGCAGGUCGCCGACGCCAUCCACGGCCUUUGGCAAGACGCAGGCGUCCAGGCGUGUUUCGCACGAAGUCGCGAGUACCAGCUGAACGACUCGGCAAAGUACUACUUUGACUCGAUCCAACGCAUGGCCGAACCCAACUUUAUGCCUACCGACCAAGACGUGCUGCGAUCGCGUGUCAAGACCACCGGCAUCACCGAGACGCACUUCAAGAUCGGCGAGCUCAACUACAAGCUCUUCGACGUCGGAGGUCAGCGUUCCGAACGCAAAAAGUGGAUCCACUGCUUCGAAAACGUCACCGCCAUCAUCUUCCUCGUCGCCAUCUCCGAGUACGAUCAGCUGCUCUACGAAGACGAAAACGUCAACCGCAUGCAGGAGGCCCUCACACUCUUCGACAGCAUCUGCAACUCGCGCUGGUUCGUCAAAACCUCGAUCAUCCUCUUCCUCAACAAGAUCGAUCUCUUCAAGCAGAAACUGCCCGUCUCUCCCAUGGCGGAUUACUUUAGCGACUACACCGGUGGUGCCGACUACAACUCAGCUUGCGAGUACAUCGUCAACCGAUUCGUCAGCUUGAACCAGAGCGACGCAAAGACCAUCUACACGCAUUUCACCUGCGCCACGGACACGAGCCAGAUCAAGUUCGUCAUGUCCGCGGUCAACGACAUCAUCAUCCAGGUCAACUUGAGAGACUGCGGAUUGCUUUGA